AACACGACAGUCUCCAUGUUUUGUAAAUAAAGUGUUCGACUUCCAUUGUUUACUGUUAUUUAUAGUCUUAAUAUGUCAAAGAACGGUUACAGUUUGUGUAUUUGAAGGGUUGUGCCAUUUUCAUUGAGCGCUGGUAAAACUGGCGACUCAGCAAGUUAAGAAGGUCAUUUAUCUGUGGAUAUUAAGGUUAACAACCACGGGCACGGGCACCAUUGGUCAGUCUUUACGUCAGAGUACACCACUAAACCUUCAUCAUGUGGGAUGUUGAGAUCAGGGGCAUGGCAUCAGCUCAUGCCAUUAUUGCCUCCUCCAUAUUUCUGGCAACUGUAAUACCUGCUGUGUUUUUGGAGAACUUCUCUGUUUAUGGCUCCCACAUGGUGUGGCUGUACUCUGUGGCUGGAUCUGUAGCGGUGGUCAACAUUGCAGUCUUUUGGCUUUUAGGCAUAAGCCCACCAACAAAGAAGAACACAUUGAGCUUCAAGAUCAAUCGAUUAUUCAGAUCCUGUCUGUACUUUCUCCUGUCGUGUAUUUUUUAUCAUACUGUGGUAGUACUAUACGGCGCACCUCUGCUAGAGACUGCCCUGGACACUUUUUCUCUGGCUGUGCUGCUGUCCACAUUCACUACACUGAGAUGUCUGUGCAUACUGGGUCCUAAUAUACAGGCGUGGAUCCGGGUGUUUAGCAGAGAUGGGGCGUUGUCAGUGUGGGACACGUCUCUUCAGAUUACAACUGGCUGUAGUUUGGUUGGAGCCUGGCUGGGAGCUUUCCCUAUUCCCCUUGACUGGGACAGACCCUGGCAGGUCUGGCCUGUUUCCUGUACGCUUGGCGCAACUGCUGGAUUUCUGACUGGCCUCCUCGUUGCACCUGUUUGGAUCCACUGGCAUCGCAAACUUCUCACUUACAAGCUUAAAUAAGGAAAAUAAGCACUUCAAGUCUUAAGCCACUGGGAACUUAGAAAGAAAUUCAGGCUUGUUUUUGAAACAUUUGUGUCCUCCCAGAAGUGUGAAUUCUGGAUCCUCGAAAUGACAUUGACUCAGAGGCCACAUUUACAACUAUUAAAGUCUUUUUUUUUUGAAGAAUAAAAUAUUUUGUCUCUUGUAUGCUCC